AUGACAGGAGAUUCGAUGGAGCACCUCGAUCCUAUCACGAGACGGAGGCUUCAGAACCGUCUCAAUCAACGGGCCAGUCGCAAGAGAAGACAGGCAGAGAAACAAAAAGAGCAACAUGGAAAACGUUGGAUCAUCUACACCAAUGAUCCCAAGACCUCUCCCGCGAGAGAAGAUCGCGCCACAGCGACGCCAGAAUCAAGUCCAACACCGACCGCCUCACCAAAAAGCCAAGAUCAAAUGGACCUCUUUGCAUGUGGCACGCGUCGAAUCUCACCAGCACAAUUUUAUAAUCGAGUAAAGAUGCAACUGAUCGAUGCCGCUGGCAAAAUACCGCCUUCACCCAGUCUUAUUCACUCUGUGACGCAGUUCAAUAUCCUACGAGCCAUGUUCGAAAAUGCAGCCACCAUGGAGUUGACGACAGAUGCCUUAAGCGAAGAUAUCGCAUCAUUAUUCAACAUUGCUGGUCCCAUCACUUUCAACUUACCGCCAAGCUUACAGCCAAGUUCGACACAGAAGGAAGUCAUCCAUCAUCCCUGGAUUGACUUGCUCCCCGUUCGUUCAUUUCGAGACGCUUUAAUAGCGAGAGGCGCAGAAUAUGACGACGAGGAACUCUGUGGGGAUCUCUAUGGCCUGAGUACGACUUCGGGAAAUGUUGGGCUGAUCGUUUGGGGCGAGUCGUGGGACCCUUUGGCUUAUGAAUUAUCAGAGGACGUGGUACGAAAAUGGAGCUGGAUGUUGAAGGAUUCACCCGAGCUUCUUGCCUCUACAAAUUAUUGGAGGAGGAAACGAGGGGAGAAGCCGCUGAAAUUUUUCGAUUCACAAGAGCACUAUAUUCACGAAAUCGAAUGA